GACGCGCACCGCCUCGUGGCCGCGCACGUUCGGUUCGAAUAAUUUAACCGGGAGCGAGCACGUGCGCGCACUCGUAUUCUUUGUGUGGCAGAAUAGAGAAGCGCCAAAAGAGUGACCAUGGCUGAUGAAAAACCAAAGGAAGCAGUCAAGACGGAAAACAACGAACACAUAAACCUGAAGGUAGCAGGUCAGGAUGGAUCUGUAGUGCAGUUCAAGAUCAAAAGACACACGCCGCUCAUCAAACUCAUGAAAGCCUAUUGCGAGAGACAGGGACUUGCAAUGAGGCAAAUCAGGUUCAGAUUUGAUGGACAGCCAAUAAACGAGACAGACACACCAGCACAGUUGGAAAUGGAAGAUGAAGAUACAAUUGACGUAUUUCAACAACAGACGGGGGGCCUGAUUUAACGAACCACAUGCAUCACCAUUUACCUUCUUGACAAAACCAACCUUGACGGCCUGUGAUACACAGCGGCUGCUUCUUUGCAACUCUUCCUGUUGUCUCAACAGAAUUCCAUGCAGAAGAAGUCGUCAUUUCUCUGCCACACAUAACUGCUGUAUAGUAUUUUUCAUCCUUGCCCUCGUUACUUUUCUGUUUUUGUACAUAAAACUACAUCCAUUUCACCCUGAAUUCAGGUUUUUUUUUGUUUGUUCAUGCUGUAUUGUGGUAAAUGUUAAGGACUUCCCCUCUCCAGUUCGAAGGGCUUCUUCUGAGGUUUGCAGACCGAUAGGACUGGUUAUAGGGUGAGAAUGAAUAAAACUGACUUUACUGAUCAAAAGUUGUUGGGCCAGGCUUGUUCAGUGUCCAGCAAAUGUGUUCUUACAGUGUACUAUUUUGGGACUGGUUAUCACUUAGUGAACCACAUACCCAGUUUGGGAAAGAGGCUGGAUCUGUCACUUUUCUGUUCAUCAUCAGAAAAUAAAAUUUGAUUUUAAACAUUUUUAUAUAGUAGUGGAUGUGUAGAGAAAUGUUUGGAUUAAUCUUUUGAUUAGGCAAAGCUUCAAAUUUUGGAAAGCCUGAAAAGAUGUUUCAGUUAAAUAAACAACUGUAUUGUCUAUUAAGAUGCCUGUUAAAAUAAAGCUAUUGUCUUUUUUUCCAAA